AUGGCCCUCGACGCCGUAGACACCGCCGCGAUGCCACCGGCGAAGGUGGAGGAGGAGAUGGAAGCGCACCGCCCGGGGGGGUGGGCGAAGAGGAAGCGGUCCCGGCGGAACCGCUUCUUCGACCACCCGCCCACCGAGGAGGAGUACCUCGCGCUCUGUCUCGUCAUGCUCGCGCGAGGGGAGACCGCUCGCCAGCGCCUCCGCUCUCCCUCGCCUUCCCGUGCCGCUCCUGAGCUCUCCCAUAAGUGCUCGGUCUGCGGAAAAGGUUUUCCUUCCUAUCAGGCCCUCGGUGGGCACAAAGCCAGCCACCGGAAGCUCGUUACUGGCCCUGACGAUGCCACCACCGGAUCUGCCUCGUCGGCCGCCGCCGCUACCGCAGCUACCGCCCCCGCCGGCGGAAGAACACACCAGUGCUCCAUAUGCCUGAAGACCUUCCCCUCCGGGCAGGCUCUGGGGGGCCACAAGAGGUGCCACUACGACGGAGGCGCCAGCGCCAGCGCCAACGCCCCCGCGGCUUCCUCCGAGGGAACGAGCUCGAGCGUCCGGAACUUCGACUUGAACCUGCCUGCCCCGAUUGACCAGCGCCAACGCCCCCGCGGCUUCCUCUGA